CGCGCAGAAGGGUCGCUCGCGAGCACGCGCGCCCGCGCCGGUAUUCCCGGAAGCUCGUGGCUGUCAGACAUCGCCGCUCCCUCCUCGCGCCAUUGAGAAGUCAGUUGACGCUCAGCGUUAGCCUUCUAGACUCCCAUACGGAAGCUCGCAGCUCUUCGAAGUAAAUCAUGGCCGAGCACGAACCCACCCCGGAGCAACUAGCAGCCAUCGCUGCCGAGAACGAGGAGAGCGAGUCUGUGAACUACAAGCCCCCAGCGCAGAAGAGCCUGCAGGAGAUCCAGGAACUGGACAAGGACGACGAGAGCCUACGCAAGUACAAAGAGGCUCUGCUCGGCCAAGUCAGCGUAGCCGUAGAUCCCAACGCUCCCAAUGUCCAAGUAACACGGCUUACUUUAGUUUGCGACACGGCCCCUGCUCCACUGACCCUUGACCUGCAAGGAGAUCUGGAGAGCUUCAAAAAGCAGUCGUUUAUACUUAAAGAAGCAGUGGAGUACAGGAUAAAGAUCAAUUUCAAGGUAAACAAGGAGAUCGUCUCAGGACUGAAGUAUGAACAACAGACCUAUAGGAAAGGGGUGAAGAUUGACAAGUCUGACUACAUGGUAGGUAGUUAUGGGCCUCGGCCAAACGAGUACGAGUUCCUCACCCCUCUGGAGGAGGCGCCGAAGGGCCUGCUGGCUCGCGGCACCUACAGCAUAAAGUCCAAGUUUACUGACGACGACAAGCACAACCACCUGUCCUGGGAGUGGAACCUCAACAUCAAGAAGGACUGGAAAGACUAAGACGCUCCUGAACCUCAGCUGCUUUUCCUCUCCAGCGUUUUCCAUUUCCCCCCCCUCUUUCCUCCCCAUUUCAUCAGGAAUAACUGGUUAAUCAGCAAACAAAACGUUUCUCACUCCGUCCAUCUUCCUACCACUUCUCAUUCUUUGCAAUCACUCCCCCCCUCUUCACUCCCUUCCAAUGAAUGAGUAUUGAGGAUUUUCAUGAAAAAUAUAUAUGUGAAAGCAAACAAAAAUGUGCACAAUCCAAAUUUUGUGUUUUUGUUUUGUUUGUAUAUAAAAGUAAACAAAAAAAAUUAGAGGAAAAAAUGUUCAAAAACACGAAUGCUUUUGACAUGGCUGUUGUUGGUAAUCUUCAUGUCCCCCAUGCUUCUCCUUUUGUGUCCUUUACCCUACCCGUUUGUGUCCAGCGUGCAGAUAUCCUUACAUUCCUUUUCUUUCUUUUUUUAUGACCAUAAUCUGCCUUGAUUAAGUAAUGUGGUGCCGCAUACUUAUAUUUUGCCACUGGUAGAGCUCAUGGCAUUUCUUGACCCAAUACAUGUGGGAAAGUGAUGUGUGUACCUUUUUGAGAUACUCCAAUGUCCAAUGUUUAGUGUGGCUGGUUAUAGCUGGCAUUGAAAAUCUGUUCCUAGGGAUGUGUUUGCAUGUGGGUAAUGUAGUGUUUCGAAUAUGUAGCUGUCUUUUCAAAUGUGACCUCAGAUCUACUAGAGGAGCUCUGCUGAUCAGCCUUCCUGGUAGUGGCCUAUGUGUCUUCUUUGUUUUUGUUUUGUUGUUUUUGUUUUUUUUUUUAAACAUGUGGCCUUAAGAAAUUAUUCCUGUAGCACGAUUUUGAGGAACGUGUUGCCUUUUGAAGUGCAACAAUUUUAAAUAUUAUCGAAUCAUUCCCCCAUGACUGGAGCCAAAGGUGCUCACUCUGCUUACUGCUGUUUUCCGCACGGGAAGGAUCGUUUCAUUUGGUGCCGCUAGGUUUAACUCCGAACAAAACCAAAACACAAAGGCCAGUUCGACUAUGCUGAAAGUCAACUCGAUUUCACCCCUGAAGUGUAACUUCUCUUGCUUGAUUUGUUGCAAGAUUCUGUCCAGUGAAAUUUUCUCUCCCUAAAUGUGUCGACACAAGUCGUCACCGAGUGCUAAAGAGAUUUCUCGAAAGCAGAAAGGGCUGUUUUCGUUUGCAGACCUCAAUUAUUAAAUGAUUCAGCAAAAAAAAAAAA